AUGGAACCCUCUCCGGACUACGAAGAGCCAACGGCAGCAUUCGAAGUGUGUCCCGCUAUUAUCGGACUGCCCCCAGCUGCGUCACACUCGACUACACCUCCACUUGACGCUCAUAUGCUCCUUCAAGGGGCUAUGGUGCCGACGGAAGAAAUGGCUGUAUCUCCGCUAGAACGAUCUCCGAGCAAGGAAACCGUAUUUGUCGGACAGCGAUACACGAACAAAAAUGGAAAGCCUAACAUUCUCAUCUUCCAUUUGCCCGAUGGCAGUUGUUACUCUUUCGGGUACUUGCAAUCCAGAACGCAGUUCGACUAUUAUACGUGCAACGAGUGCAAGAAGAUUAAAGGAGCAUGCUUUCGGUACAAGGUGAUUGCGGACGAAUUCAUCACAAAUCCGCAUUCUAAUCAUUUGUGCACUCCUUUAGAUGCAGAAACCGAAAUUGCGAAGCGUUUGCGUAAUCAGGCAGUGGAGAAGAAACUUCGAUUGCUGAAAAUCAUACGGCAGGAGGGAGAGGCGCGUCAAACGUCCCUUCCGAUAUCCAAACGCCGCAAAGUUUGCGAUGCGACUGUGGUUAACGAAAAUCGUACCGAGCAACCUGUUGAACAUGUUUCAUCAAACACUUCAAAUAGCGCUCUGCCAUCUUUAUCUACAUCUUAUGUCCGAAAAGAUAGUAGAAGUGAUUCUGUAGAAAUACUCAACGUUGUGGUUCCAGAGGAAGUGAACAAAAGUACUAUUCAUUUCACCUUGCAAGGAUUGGCUAUAUUAACGCCUGAUGAACUAAUGUCUAUCGGUCUAGAGAGGUCGCAUGCCUAUUGCAUUUACUCUACGUUGAAGAGCAGAACAGAAAAUACUUGCAAAGACCCCACGAACAAAGAGAUGGAAGUAAGGGGAGGACUCAGUAUUUAUGUUGCAGAAGCGAACAACUUCAGUGGAGAGCUUCUUUAUAAGCUGGUUCAUCUUAAGCAAACGUCAAGAGAUGAGUUAUACAGCGCACUGAAGAACUGUGACAUUAUCCGUAAAAGCGGCAGAACACGCAUGUUUUACGUCGGGCCUGCAGGAAUAAAAGUUCAAAUGUCUGACCAAGUAAUUUCGAUGUGGAAAAAUGAAUCAGUCUUCGCUAUCUCGUCAGUUAAUGGAGUAUACCAUAUUCAAUCCAUGACUCGUUGA